AUGGAUGCUCGAGGGCGGGAUGGCUCGCUGUCGGGGCCUCCGAGCAUCAAACGACCUUGGGAGGAGGAAAGAGCUAUAGCAGGUGGAAAAAGGAAUGAAUGGCAUGGAGCUCUAUUGCCGCCUAUUGAUUCUGCACCAUAUCACAGGCUGCAGCAACCUCGAGGCGCGGGUAACGUUGAGUCGGGUCUUCAUUCAUACCACAAUCAGUACACGAGAGAAUUCGUCGAACCCGAAGCCAAGAGACCGAGAUAUGAAGUCAAUAAUGAGUACCACGCGACAUCCGCAGAACUGGCAGGCUCGAGUCUGAAUGGUCACCGGAUCCAUCCACGGACAGGCCACACACCGUAUGAUACAAAUCAGUCAAUCCACCGUGUUCGACCUUCUCCUCCUCCCCCUCCCCCUCCUCCAGCGCCUCAGGCACCGCUCCAUCUACAGUCACCACGCCGUCCCUCGCUGCAGCAGCUCCAGCACCAAAUAGGGCCAGUAGGCACGGGAUGGGAGCCCAGGCCCCCAAGCAGAGAUCAUGCGGUUCAACCAAGUCAGGGCAUUCACCCCUCUCCAGAGGCAAAUCGCAACAGCCUGUGCAGGCGCUGCAAGCAGCUCCUCACGCAACCGCCUGAGGAUGCGGAUUUCCCUGAUGCCAACGAAAGUAUCGAGAGUGUCACUCAAGCCGCUGCAACAGCGCUUACUCAGCUGGCGGAGACCCUUAGCUCCGGCAUUUCUUCCGAUGAGAGACUUGCGUCUUUGAGCCCUGGUCAAAGGAAGAUAAGUGAAGCUUGCCCAAAAGAGUACCCACCAAUAUCACAACGUGGCUUGCAACAUACAUUGAAUUGGCUACUUGGCAGGGUUCAUCACGUCAAUAGUCUUGCCAACACUCUCGUACAACACUCUCCUUCCGGCUCAGUGCGGCCCCUGAACAAGCAAUAUGAACGGAAUGGAGAUCUUCCACAGGCACAUAAGUCCGAAAUGAUGAGAAGGCGCCUUGAAUCUGAGACGGACCAGCCAUAUGGGUUGAGAGCUGAGGCUCCCGACCCCGCUUUAGAUGUCAAGCUUCAGUCGAAUCCGAGAGACAGACAAUCGGUGAUCGGGGAGCAGUCAAGUAUGAAACCUCGAUAUAAUUACGGCCCUUCGCAGCAGCAAGAUGAUCCAAAUCAGAGAACGCCAUCAAGCUCACGAACCUCGAUUAUGAAUCCUCCACUUGUCACGAUUGGCCGACAAUUGCCUUCUCCUCCUGGACGGUCAAUUCCUUCCCCUACUUCAAUCAGCUUCCCGUCUCCGUCCUCGGCAACUUAUGGGAGCACUUCGCAGCCAGUAAAUUUACCUCACCCAUCAAGCUUACAACACUCAUCCAUCAACGGGUAUCUCCCACCCAUUGGCUCGGCACGUCCAGAUCCAGCAAUGCAGGCUCACUCAGCCGCUCUCCAGCACGAGGUUUCGGUUCAGAAAAUCGCUAUAUCUACGCUACAGUCGGAGCACGACAAGUUACUUGCUGCCUAUCAACGAUCGCAAAUGCGAGCUAGUACGCUGGAAAAGAAGCAGAAUGUGUCUGAUGCAGAGCUUAUUAGUUUGUCUGAAGAAAGGAGCAGGCUUCAAGAGCAAAUACUAGAGCUAGAGAAGAGUAUCGAAGAGUUGACAAAGAGCCGCGAGGAAUGUCGGCAAGCUGCAGUACAGGAGGGAAAGCAGUACAUUGAGAUUGUGAAAAAAGCAAGUCAAUUGGAAAUGAUUGCUGCAAAAGAAAGGGAGAGUUGGAAUGCAACGAAAUUAGAAUUGGAGCAAAAGAUAGAGUCCUUGAAGUUGACUAAUGAGCAUAGAGAUGGUCUCGGAUCCACGGGCGUCAAUACGCCGAAUACAUCAGUUAGUCACGAAGCUGAAAGACCACUACCGGCAUUCGAGCCUCUUAGUUCGCUCAAAAUCGAAACAAUGAGCGCACCAACAAGCGAGCCAUCACUGGAAACUUUGGCCAAACAACCGGCAGAGGCUUACAAAGUCCGAGUGCUUAAUGAUGAAGUGGAGCGUUUGAGACGCCGGUGUCACGAAAUGGAGGCUGCAUUGCAUGCUGUGAAAGACGACAACCGGUCGAUGGAGAAGUUGAUGGAUGCGUUGGGAGUGGCACGAAAAACCAUGCUAGACCGUACUAACAAAGCAUUGGAACUUAGCAUAGAGGAAUAA